AUUAUAUAAUGAUUAUAAAUAUAUAAGUAAUUCUACACUAAAGCAUGAUAAAUUAAUUUUUAGCAUAGUUUAAGGAGUUCCUUACAUAAUGUAAAAAAAUGUCAAAGGUUUGUUAUGAUGGCGCAGAGCUUGUAAAUAAUAAUAUUAUUAUUUUAUAUGUACGAAUACUAUUUUCAAUAAUGCAUAUUUAUCAUAAUAUAACUUGAAUUAAAGGAAAUUGAGGUUAUAUAAAAGAUUAUUAUUAUUUAUAAAUAACAAGAAAUUGAUGAUGAUGCGGUGGUAUCAACAAUUAUUCAAAUAUGAUAAAUGUUUAAGAUUUUAUAUGCAAUUUAAUAAAAAAAAAUCUGUUAUUCAUUUGUGUUCUUCUAAUGAUACAAUUCACACUAUAUCUUGCAUCUACAACAAAUAUAAUUAUGAAAAUGGUAAAAUAGAGACGCAAGAGAAAUUAAAUAAAUCCGAAACGAAUAAAAGAAAUAAAAUAACAGAAUUUGUUAAAAUUGCAAAUAUUCAAUUAAAUCAAAAAACUACAUUUUCUAAAAAAUUAGUAGAUAAUUCUCCAUCUUUAAUACAACCAUAUUUAAGACUUAUAAGACUAGAUAAACCAAUAGGAUCUUGGUUAUUAUUUUGGCCCUGUGGUUGGAGUAUAGCUAUGGCAGCAGCACCAGGUGCUCUACCAGAUUUUCAACUUUUAAGUCUUUUUGGAAUAGGAGCAUUCGUUAUGCGUGGAGCAGGAUGUAUUAUAAAUGAUAUGUGGGAUCAAGAUAUUGAUGGAAUGGUAGCCAGAACAAAAGAUAGACCAUUGGUUACUAGAGAAAUUUCACCUCUACAAUCAUUGAUUUUCCUUGGAAGCCAAUUAACUUUGGGAUUGCUUAUAUUGUUGCAAUUAAAUCUUUAUAGUAUUAUAUUGGGAGCAAGUUCACUAGUUUUAGUAAUAAUAUAUCCUGUUAUGAAAAGAAUAACAUAUUGGCCUCAAUUAAUUCUUGGAAUGACUUUUAAUUGGGGUGCACUUUUGGGUUGGUCUGCUGUGCAAGGAUCGUGUAAUUGGUCUGUAUGCUUGCCACUUUAUACUGCUGGAAUUUGUUGGACGCUUUUAUAUGAUACUAUAUAUGCACAUCAGGAUAAAAUGGAUGAUGUUAUAAUAGGUAUAAAAUCAACAGCUUUAAAAUUUGGAGACAAAAGCAAAAUUUAUUUAUCUGGAUUUAGUACAGUCAUGAUAACAGGAUUAAUUGCAUCAGGUAUAUUAGCUGCACAGACUUGGCCAUAUUACACAGCAGUAGGAUUAGUUGGUACUCAUCUUGUUAAUCAGAUAUAUAGUUUGAACAUCAACAAUCCUGCAGAUUGUGCCAAAAAAUUCAUCUCUAAUCACAGGAUAGGAAUGAUUCUUUUUACAGGAAUUAUUUUAGGAAAUCUUAUUAAAGUUUCUAAAAAAGAUACCGAUAUUGUACAAGAAUCAGAAAAGAAAUCUAUUCUCAUUAAACAAGAAUAACAAUAGUUUCAUUAUAUUAUUAUAAAAAAAUUAUUAAAUAUAUACAUUAUAAUUAUAUAUAUAGGUAAUUCUAUAUAUUAAACAUAAACAUGAGAUAAAUAACUGGCUGGUUCCAGUAAAUUAAAAAAUUAGUUUUAAUUAUAUGUGUGCCAUAAAACAAUUUUAAUUUUCACAUUAUAAUUUUAUUAUAAUAUUUUAAAUAGAUAAUACAGUUUCUUAAAAUAUUUAAAUGAAAAUAAUUUUUAUAUAAUACUAUUUUAAAUUUAAAAAUUUAAAAAUACACCAAAGAUGACUAUGCUGUAAUUAGUAACUAUUAAAGUUAGAUAUAAAAUAUUGAUUAUAGUAAUAAAUAAAAAUACAAAUAA